AAAGUGGCGAAUGGAGCUUUUUGGUGGCUGCAAAAUACUCUCAGUUGGACACAUCCAUGAGCCUAGAUCAGUCGCAAAUUGGUCUGUUGGUGGAUGAAAAAUAGUGACAGUUUCUUGCUGUGGACGCCCCAAAACAAUUUAAUUCACUUGAGCUCAUUGAAGUGGGUGAAUAUGUGCAGCAACUAAUCACACAACAUUGUGUCUUUGUGCAAUUUGCAUUGAGAAAUUCCAACAAGAAGGGGAGACAGCCCAAUUCCCACAGUGAGUUGCUGCAUUUGGUGUUGCGGAAGUUAGUGAAUAGAUUGGCAAUCAGACGACAAGGAUAAAAGAGACGAAUUUGAUUACAAAACGGAGUAGUAUUGAUAUCCUCAUAUGCUCCAUACGCCAUAGAAUUGGAGCAAAUAUUACAAAGAUAGGGGAGUACGGCCUAAAUAUGCACUGGCGUGUCCUGAUGAUGGUGUGGCGGCGGAAGUUGUACGUGAUGGGAUGUGUCACGGUGCUCGUGGUGGCAGCCUGGGGUUGGGCGACAUUCUCACUAAUUGGCACCCCCACAGCCACAGAUGAGGGUGUAAAGGUGCUCGAUGGUGCACACACCGAAAGUCAGGGUCUCUGGCAGCGUCUCACAAUCUUCCGACGUGACCCCAAACCCCCACUCGAUGCUGGGGUGAAGUUCGUGAAGCCAACAGGAAAUAUUCCGCCCAAGCCACAGUCGGAGUCAAUGAUGAGUAAGCUGGACAAUCUCUUCUCCAGCAAGUACGUGGAGAAGCUGCGGAAUCUCAAGGUGCCUGACCGUGAGGAUAUUGCAUGGCGUCGUAAGGCUAUUGAGCAGAGAGCUGCAGCCGAUAAGCAGAUGUACUACGAUCAUGAGCUUCAACGUAUGGGGGUGCCUGUGAUUAAGGGAAUUGGUCCUGAUUCGGGGUUAGUGCCGCCCAAGCAACGCCUGGUUCACUUGGACCUCAAAGGAGCCCCGCCGAAGAUUCAGUACCUAAAACGCAUCAUUCCCAUCCUCAAGUCCUUAGGAGCUACAGGGCUAUUGCUCGAGUACGAGGAUAUGUUCCCGUAUACGGGUCAAAUUGCAAAUAUUGCAGCACGCAAUGCUUAUGCUAAGAAUCGUCUUGUGGACUUCCUGCAGACCGCAAAGGCAGCGGGGCUGACGGUAAUGCCGCUGGUGCAGACUUUUGGGCACAUGGAGUUUGUGCUGAAGUUGCGAGAAUACCAGGAGAUGCGAGAGAACCCUGAUUCACCCCAAGCUCUCUGCCCUAGCUUCAAUAAAUCCCUUCUCUUUGUGGAAGAGAUGCUUUUGCAAGUCAUCAAUUUUCACAUGAAAAUUGACGAAUCACCCGUCCUUGACGAUGAUGCUGGAACAAACUCACUCAGACCACACUUCCGGGCCAUCCACAUUGGUUGCGAUGAAGUCUACCGGAUGGGAGAGUGCCCACGAUGUAGGGACAAGUCAAAGCAUGAGCUUUUCUUAGCUCACGUCUCAGCUGUGGCGACCCGAAUAAAGACACGCUGGCCCGGGUUAGAUGUGGUCAUUUGGGACGAUAUGAUGCGGCAGAUUCAGGUUCUCGAUUUGCAAGACUUCAAACUUGGGGAGUUGGUGCAACCGAUGAUUUGGGUUUAUGCUGAGGAUGUGUAUCGAUUUGUCUCACCGCAAACUUUUGAUAAAUACUCAAUGGUCUUCCCAACGGCUUGGGCGGCAUCUGCCUUCAAAGGAGCCCACGGGGAGACACUGCUCCUGCCACCAUCCCGUCGUCACCUGGAAAAUACCUUAAAGUGGUUGACGGUGAUUCAGAGCGAGAAUGCACGCUUCAAAGGCGGCAUUCAAGGACUCGCUCUGACCGGCUGGCAGCGCUAUGAUCACUUUGCCGUCCUCUGUGAGCUUUUGCCCGCAGCAUUGCCCAGUUUGGCCGUUAGUCUGGCCACAGCCACACUGGGAUACCUCGAAGUGAAUGGGCACAAGAAUACCAUCCUGAGCGCCAUGUCGUGCCCCGAAAAAUCCGCCGAGAGCCUCCAUCGACGUCCUUGGUUGGAUUUCCAUCAAGAUCCAGAUAUGUCCUUCUUUGCGUGGUGCAUGUUCCCUGGUAGUGCACUCUUUCGCUACUCCCACCGUCUUCUCACCACCGUAGCCGAGAGUCGGGACUACGUGGAGAAUAUCAAGUACAAGCGUGGUUGGCUAACUGACUACAACAUUAAGCAUAACUUCACGUCCCCCGUGCGAGUGGCUGAACUUGUGGAACAUGCGACAAAGCUCAAGGGAUCACUCAUCACACUAGCCAAGAACGCAUCUGACAUCAUGAUGGACAUCUACGAUAAGUUCACAAUUGAAGAGUUUAUUGAGCAACGGAUUAAUCCUGUCGUAGAUGAGCUGAAUGGACUCCUCGCGGCUGCAUCACGCCUGAAUGCAAUUAAAGUGUGGCCAAGGCGUCCUCUGCCCUACAUUCGUGUCAUCACCGACAUCAAAUCCCUCACAAAUAGCACCAAAAAGUCCCCCCAUUGAGCACAUUCCGAACCACAAACUUUGUCACCACAAAGGCCCCCUCCCGCAUCUCAUAAGCAAUAACUUGAUGAAGUUUAACAUUUAACAUUGGAAAUGGAAAUCCGUGUGUUUUAGUAAAAUCUCGGCGAAAUAUUCGAUACAAAAUGAAACAACUUUAAUCUUUCUAGCGUAAAAUUUAUUGUGAGUGUUUAGGUAAAAAAAAAAAGAAAGAAAGGGAUAACAUUUUAAGAAUUUUACUGUGACUAUAGUUAAAUCUUUGGAGGCUUUUUUCUUUUGAAUGUGUAAAAAAAAUGAAUCCUCCUUCGGACAAAAACUGCGAUAGAUAUUGCAGAGAAUAUAUAUUGUGUACAGGUUUCAUUUGUUGAGGAUCAUCACUUGCAGUUGGAUUUUUCAUGUGUCUGGAAAAUUGUGAAAAUUUUCGUGGGAAAUGCAACGACAAGCGAUGAGAUGUUUUAUUAAAAUAUUUAGGCCCAAAAAAACUCUCCCCAUUCCCACUAAUAUUGAGUUGACGAGGAAUUUUUGUGAGACAAAAAAAAAACACUGAAAGACUGAUAUUUUUUAAAUUUUAAAUUUUAGUUUAUGCGUUGAUGGUUUAAUAAUUAUAUUUUAAUGAAAAUUAAGAAGAAAAUGUAUUACGAAGUAUUGUGAGAAAAUAAAGGUGAAAUUCUUCAAUCUACUCGAGA